CUACAAGUUUCUUUGUUGCGGGGCAUUUUGUCGUUCUGGGUUUGCCGGUUGGAUCAUCGCUUUAUAAUAUGACCAAGCUGGUCUGACCAGCAUGACCUACACGAAUGUACUCCAGUAUACAGAAGAGUCGGUGCGGCAAUGCAAGGAUCUUGCCAGCUUUUUGAAAAAGCGGGCACAGGUGGAAAUGGAGUAUGCAAAGGGGUUAUUCAAACUUUCCCAAGGGUUUCAAAGAGCUACGGCUUCGAAUGCGAACAAGUCAUCAACCGCAGAGGGACCCACGCUGUUUCGAGGAGGAUCAUCGAAUGUACCGUCAGGAGCUGUCGAUGAAGCUAUCAGGCAACAAUUGGUCAAAACAUCUGUAUGGCAAGUCUUCUACGAUUAUGUGGAUCAAACAACCAAAAUCGCAGAAUCCCAUAGGAAUCUUGCACUUAGCAUGCAGAACAACGUACUGGAUCCGUUUUCUGUACUGAUAAAGGACAUGGAAGUUGUUCGGAAAAUGCAAGUGGAGAGGGGCGCAGAAUACCUGAAGAACCUGCAGGAUGCCUAUGCCAGCUUGAAAAAGGCAAAAGAAGAGUAUGACGUCCUCCAAAAUCAAGCGAUAGAAAGCCAGAAUAAUCACAUGAAGGCUAGAGUGAAUGUGGGAGCAAAGGAAAGAGAGCUAGACAAGUUGGCGAACCGUGCCGCGGCAGCAGCCGACAAAGCAGAAGCUGCUAAUGAAGCCCUUCAAGUUUGCGGCGAGAUCUGCAAAAACGCUCAAGAGCAAUAUUAUGGCCAGCUUCUUCCUGUCCUGUACGAUGAGAUCCGGACCAAAGAACUUGAACGUUCUGCCUCGGUUAAAAAAGUUCUUGUCGAUUCUAUGUACCUGGAGAAAACCUAUGGAGAUACUCGUAUGCUUGCUGUAGAGACCGUCACCGAGCGACUACAACAGAUUGAUUUGGAGGAGGACAUUGAAGAGUUUGUCGAUACGCAUAUGGUGGAUGAACCCGGGAAGAAGGGGCAUAACGUUUCGGUUUCUAUGUUACAUAAUCCUGUGAAGGCGGGAAGAAUGUUGUUGAAGAGAGGAGAUUUCAUUGCGGGAUGGAAGUCGCGCUACUUUGUCUUGAUGGAAGAAGAGCAGGAACUCUACUGUUUUGAUAAUGAGGCUGCCCUCAAACCCCGUGAGGUCAUCUCCGUCAAACACAGUGCAGUGCAUCGACUCGACGACAGCUACUUCAACCGGCCCCACUGCUUCCAAGUCAUCAGCGUCUCUUCAAAAGGCCGACAGACCUACAAUCUCAUUGCAGAGUCAGCCAACGAAAAGGAGGACUGGAUGAGCGCAUUGGGCAAGUUUGCGUUCUGUUGUGUACGAGGCAUGAUGGCACGAGAAAAACGAUUGAUCCCAUCGGCUCCAUCCGCCAGCGACGAGGAAGGAUAUCUAACUGUAAGAUCAUUCCAACUAUCUGUCCUGGAGGCCAAGGAACUUCCGUCCACCCCGGGUUUAGGAGGACUCAAUCCAUACUGCAUUGUCCUAUUUGAUGACGUCAAACAAGCAAGGACAACGACAAAGAGCGGUGAUGCCCCAUUUUGGGGUGACGAGUACGAGUUUGACGACCUUUGCUCACACUUUACCAGGUUGCGUAUGGUCAUCUUCAACCACAGUCGAUUGCAGCGAGAUGGAGAUUUGGGCUAUAUCAGUAUCAACCUUAACGCUGCGAAACCUGGCACUCGUGUCGAGCAAUGGUACCCCAUCAAACAGUUGCCUAGGCCGAAUGCCGAGGACGGUGCAUGGAGGGGGUCAAUCCGAGUGGGAUUUUGUCUCAACGUUCAGGAACUACUCCCUGCAUCACAGUAUCACCGCUUUAUAGAGCACGUUACGGAGCCAUCCCUGACCUGCCUUCGAAUCUUAGGAAACGUUUGCGGCAUGCAGCGUGAAGCCGUCGCCAAAGUAUUUAUGAACAUCCUCAAAACGAGGGAAGAGGAAAUGCAGGGACUCAAGACGUUCCUGGAUGGGGAAAUCCAAAGCACCGAAAACCCAAACAUUAUCUUUAGGGGGAAUACGAUUGCGACUAAAGCUGUUGACCAGUACAUGAAGAUGGUGGGCAUGGAGUACCUGUCCGAUACAAUCGGCCUCCUUGUCCGACAAGUAUAUGCAUCGAAGGAAUCAUGUGAGGUAGAUCCAACUCGUGUGGAACAGCCGGAGCUGCUCUCACGGAACUGGAAGCGACUACGGACUGUCGUUGGAGGAUUCUGGGAUUCUAUUUCGGGAUCUGUACGGAAAUGUCCCCGAGAACUUGUUGAGAUAUUUGCUCACAUUCGGCAAUCUACUAUCCAAAAAUGGAAAAACGAUGAAAGCAGGGAGAGCGGACAGCAGCCGGUGCAUUAUGCAGCAAUCAGCGGGUUCAUAUUUUUGCGAUUCUUUUGUCCUGCAAUUCUGAACCCCAAACUGUUCGGGCUCAUGCCUGACUUUCCUGAUGCGACCACGGCACGGACAUUUACCCUCAUUGCAAAGAUUCUGCAGAAUUUGGCCAAUUUGACGGACUUUGGAUCCAAGGAACCGUACAUGGCAGAAUGCAAUUCUUUCAUUGAGGCAAAUAUCGAUGCCAUGAAGUCCUUCAUUGAUGGGAUAUCCACUAUCUCUGGGAGUGGGUCAGUACGUUCGCCGCCUUCUAAGCGUCCUGCACGGGUUGCCCGGCGAGAUGCGGAACAUUUGUAUCAAUUUUUCAUGCAAAAUCUUGACGCUGUGGUCGACCAUCCGUCUGCACAAAUGUGCGCGAUCGUCGAUGAUACCGUGCGCGAGUUGCGGAUCUUGGAGAAUGCUCAUUCGGAAUUUGUGGUUGCCUCAGUGGCAUCCUCACAGUCAUCCCUGAAUAGCACUGCGGAGGCAUUUGCCGUUUUGCGCGGCGAGGAAGGUCGAGGCCUAAUACCCAAUAUCACUGUCAAUCAGCCGCGGGAUAAUGGAGGCGAUGUAAGCGGCCCAGCGCGAAUCGUUGCCGAGCGGCCUCCACAGAUCGAUUUGCCCAUGUUCCCUGGCGUAGAAAACGGAGCAAGAGGAACUGAACGGACGGAACCAAGUGGCUCCUUUGAUGACUUGCAAACCAUUCUACAUUCACUAGGUGAAGAAGGGUUGAGUUACUAUGGAUCUUUGUUUGCGAAGGAUGAGGACUUGGUGAAUGGACAUGUUGACAUUGGGCUUCGUUCACCACCAUCUCCCAAUUUAAUGCCCGUUCCACCUCCGCGACACGGAUCCCGCUCGACGGAGGCCUCAACGCCGAAAAGUGAAAGAAGUGACUAUUUUGGAGAUCCGCCUUCACCGCGAACACAUACACGAAAAAAGAGCGGAGGAGGCCGGAGUUUUAUCAAAACCCUGAUGGGUGUUGGCAGUAGUAACAAUAACAGUAACAACAACAACACUAAUAUCAACAGCAACAACGGCAACAGCAGCAGCAGCAGCAACAAUAACGGAUUGACGGACCCCGCCUCAGCAUCAGGCCGUCGUCGCUUCCGAAGUUCCUCCUCCCUAAACUCAUCGAAUUCCUUGGACACGUCCUGGCCCAACUCCCGCCGGGGCUCAGAAGACCCCCUCAGUUCUGCUGACCCUCCACCUCCGCAUCCCCUUUCCCGCUCAACCGGCCCUUCAUCCUCCGCCCUUCUUCAACCCGACUCAGCUCGACGCCCACCAGCCCUUCCCAUACCACCCACCCGUGUCCGGGGCCCCCGCCCAUCCGAAGAAUCCCUGAGCAAUCGAUCCGUAUCUUCACAACACUCUCUGAAAUCGUUACCAAACCCUGAUGACUAUGGAGAUCCUAAUCCGACCCCAAUCCCAACGGAGGAGGAAACGCAAGGGCGGUCCAGAUCGAUAUCUAUGGGUUCAAAGAUGAAGAAUCGAUGGAGUGUGAUGUGGAAGUCUGGGUAAUACCGUUCGAUUAGUGUCUUUCUUCUUCUUGUAGCCUGUGUUUUUUUUUUUCUUUAUGAUUUGCCUUGUUUUGCAUGUAUGAACUUGGGGGUUAUUUUUUAGGUUCUUUCCCACUCUUUAAUAUAGGUUUUCAAUCUUCUGUGACAGUUAGUUUUGAAAGGCCAAUCAUUCUUUUGGGAAACGUUGUUUGUCCUUGCAUUGGGAGUUUGAUAAAACGCUGCACAAACAGUAUAGACAUUCACUGU